AUGUCGCCGGAGCCACGAAAAGGCAAUGUUUUUGGGGUUUUCUUUUCAACCAAAAGCGCAAGUGUUUCUGUUGGAGCAGUGAGUGAUGCUAUGGAUUGGCAUUUUUGGUCAGGCAGCAGGCUUGGAAGCAUUGGAAUUAGUUUGGGUUUAUUCAAAUUGGGCUAUUUUAAGAGAAAUAUGAUUGCCAAAGAUAGCAGCUUUCGUAAAUUGUAUAGAUGUGCUUCUUCAGCUUUGGAUUUAGUUGACUCUGAUUCUGGCUCAAGCAGUGAUUUUUAUUCAGCUGAUGAGUUAGUUGGGUUUGAAAAUAUUAAGUUUCAUGGUUUUGAGAGGCUCCCUCUGUUUUCCAUUGUUGUAAUAGUAGUCAAGUCCUUAAAUUGGAGAGUUGCAAACACCAUAAGGUUUGAAGAUGCGGUGGAUAAGUAUGGUUUUCCUGGGUGUAUUUAUGCCUUCAGGAUGAUUGUUCAUUUAUUUGCUUUUGCUGGAAUGCGAUUGGAAGUGCAUGCUUUACUUCGAGAUAUCUUGUGUUAUUAUCAAAAGGUUGAUUUGGAUUUGUCGGAAUUGCUUCCAACCAUCGUGGAGUCGUGUAACCAUGAGGCAACUUUAGUUUUCGUGGUUGAUGCCCUAAUAAUGGUUUUCGCUUCCAACUUACUGCUUGAAAAUGCAGUUAAUGUGUUCUUCCAGGCUAAGGGGAUUGGAAUUCAACCUGGAAUCCGAGCAUGCAAUUUCUUGCUUAAGUGCUUGUCAGAAAGGAAUAAAAGCAAUCAUCUUUUGACUUUAUUUCAAGAGAUGGAGGUCUCUGGACCACCUCCUUGUGUCUAUACAUACACAAUUCUUAUUAACUACUGGUGUAAUGAGGGAUAUGCAGAAGGGAAGGAGGGUAUAGAAAAGGCUUCUUCAAGUCCUGGUAUCAAGAAGUCUGCUUCGCUUUUUGAAAAAAUGACAAGAGUAGGAAUUAGUCCUUCUGUUGUAACGUACAGUGUUUACAUCCGUGGACUCUGUAGAGCUGGGCGCACUACGCUAGCCUUGAAUGUUAUUAAGGACUUAAGGCACAAUAAGCCUCUCAAUGCGUAUUGCUACAAUGCUGUCAUGCAUUCAUUCUGUAAGAACGGUGAACCUGAGGAAGCAAUGGAAGUGUUUGCAGAAAUGAAAAGAUGUGGAAUUUUACCUGAUGUUCAUAGCUAUACUAUCUUAAUUCACGGUUAUUGUAAAUUUGGAAAUGUUGAGAAGGGUCUUACUCUGUUUGAGGAGAUGGAUAGAGAUACAAAUAUAAAACCAUCACUUAUUACUUAUAGUUCACUUCUAGAUGGUCUUUGUAAGAGCGGAUUGAUGGAAGCCUCAGUGGACAUGUUCCGUGAACUUAGGAAUUGUGGUUACAAAUAUGACCAGCAUGCUUACAAUAUCCUAAUAAGUAGCUUUCUUAGGCAGGGUAAUACUGAUUGUGUUCAUGAACCAGAGGAGAUGAUAAGAAAUAAUUUGGAUGAUUCUCUUACUGGUGAUGUUGCUAGUGUGUGCUACAUUGAAGGACAUGUCAGGAAAGCAUUGGAGUUUCUUGAAGAAAUGCACAACCAAGGCAUUAACCCCAAUAGUUUUAGUUAUGGUAUAAUCAUAGAUAAGCUGUGCAAGGAGGGAAAACCAGAAAAAGCAUUGGAGCUUAUACCUUAUAUGCUUAGAAGGAAAGUACUUCCCAAUGUUGUAGUGUAUAGCACUCUCAUACAUGGUUUCUCUAGGCAGGGACAAGUGAAGAAGGCCCUACUAGUUUAUAGCAGUAUGAUAAAGUUUGGGGUUACCCCUAACAAAGUCACCUAUACUAUCCUCAUAAACCUAUUGUUCACUAUGGGCAAAGAUAAAGAGGCAUACUAUUUGUUUGGGCAGAUGAUUUUGAAUCGUCUGAAUCCUGAUAAAGUCUCUUAUACGUCGAUUAUAGCUGGGUUGUGUAAGACUGGACAUCUAAAUAUAGCUCUUCAAGUUUACAGAGAAAUGCAGCAUCAGGGACAUUUGCCUUCAGUAGUCACUUAUACCUGUUUGAUUGAUGCAUAUUGCAAACAGGGUCGCAUGGAUAUAGCAACCAUGCUGGUAGAUGAAAUGAGAAGAAAAAAUCUUUCUCCUGAUGUGGUGACAUACACGGUUUUGGUUCGUGCAUACCUGAGACAAGGUCAAGUGGAGACUGUUCAUUAUUUAUUUAAGGAAAUGAGAAAGGAAGGCCUUGUUCCAGAUGAUAUUAUGUGCAAUUUACUAGGGUUGAGCAAAGAACAUUAG